CUGAAGGUAUCGAUAAAGUUUCUAAAGCGAACUGGGUAAUUAAGUUUCUAAUAUUGGCCUGCCUUCCAUAACGGUCGCUUCAUAUGGUAUUGUUUGAAUUGGGGUUUGCAGGUGAUCUGCUUCGUUGCUUCGCUUCGAUUUUUGGCUUUCGGGUGCUUGUUGUUUAUAUCUUUUGGCUGCAUUUUUAGGGUCACAAAGUUUGGUGGCGUUUUGGCCUGCUGCAGGACAAGAUACACUCCUUGUCCGGUAUCCAUACAGCUGAAAACUAGUACAGUUCAGUGCAACCUUCAACUUUUGAAAACAAUGUCUACUUCCAGUCCUCCUCAUAGAGCAAUCCCGGGUGGAAAAGAUCUAGCUUGGAAAUAUACAGAACCUUUUCUUGAGCAAAAAAAAAGAGAGGCAAUAUGUAAAUUUUGCAAAACAUUCUUUCAUGGAGGCAUAAAUAGAUUGAAAUACCACCUUGCCGGCAUAUGUGGCCAUGAUGCAGAGCCUUGCACACUAGCACUUCCUAAGGCUAUUCGUGAGUGUCAAGUGCUAUUAGACACAUUUGAGACUCGAAAAGAAAUAAAGAAGAGACAAAGAGAGGAGUUGGCUCAGGCUAGCAUUGGUUGUGUUGGAGAGGCCUCUUCCAUGCCUCCAUAUUGUCCUAGUGGGAGUGCUAGUGCUUCUGUUGCCGGUAGUGUCAGUGCUAGUGGGAGUAUCAGUGCAACUCCAACCAUUGGUCCUAGAGUUCGUAAAUCUAGGAUGGAUUCAUAUUUUGAGCCACGCACUACUCCUGGUGCCCAACCUUCACUUGAGAGCAUGGCUUGGAACAAAGAGGUACACAAUAAGGCUAAAGGUGCAAUUGGAAGAUUUUGGUUUUAUUGCAAUAUUCCAUUCUUCGCAGCCAGGUCUCCUUAUUGGCAAAACAUGGUUGAUGCCAUUGCUAUUUGUGGGGCGGGUUCCAAGAUAAGUGGCCCAAUUUUGAUAGAAUCGGUGGUUGAUGUAAAAGCCACAUUAAAGGAACAUCGAGAGAUAUGGAAGAAGGAGGGUUGCACCAUCAUGACCGAUGGUUGGACUGAUAGGAGAAAUCAGAUGCUCCUAAAUUUUCUUGUUUCUUCUGCAGGUGGCACCAUGUUCAUGAAGUCCAUUGAUGUUUCCGCACAUUCUAAAAAUGCCACUUACCUAUGUGAGGUUAUAGAGGAGGUCAUAUAUGAAGUGGGCGAGGAGAAUGUAGUACAAGUGGUGACUGAUAAUGCAGCAAAUUAUGUUGCUGUAGGUAAACUUUUGAUGGAGAGGCACCCAUCUAUAUUUUGGUCUCCAUGUGCCGCCCAUCAUAUUGACCUCAUGUUGGAGGACAUUGGUAAGAUUGCAUGGAUCAAGACAUGUGUAGAGAAGGCAAAAAAUAUUUGCAAAUUUGUAUACAAUCAUGCAUGGGUCCUUAACUUAAUGAGGCAAUACAUGGGGCAGAAGGAGUUGGCUCGUCCUGGAAUCACUAGAUUUGCCACUAACUUCAUCACACUGCAAUCCUUGAUUCGCAGUAAGGCAGCUUUGAGACGUAUGCUUGUUGGUGAGGAGUGGACUUCCUCAUCCUAUGCUACGAGAGCUGCAGGAGUUGAUGUUACAGAUUACAUUUUUGAUGAGCCAGGCUUUUGGACCCCUUGUGCUGAGAUUGUGAAGUUCAUUGAGCCCUUGGUAGUUCUCCUACGUGUUGCUAACGGGGAGAAGUCCGCAAUGGGCUACAUAUACGAGGGCAUGGAUAGGGCUAAGGAGGGCAUCAGAUCUGCCUAUGAAGGGGAUGAGAGUAAGUAUCGUCCCAUUUGGGAUAUGAUUGACAGGAGAUGGCAGACCUAG